ACAGUUAGUAGUGUAUCGUGGCCGGACUGUCAAGGGUCUCAUUACUCCGCGGCACGAUGGAGCGCAUGCGCGCAGCCUCCGCCUCGGCCCCUCUGCUCCGUCUCCCCAUGCGAUACUUGGAUCACUAGUGCUAUCUUGCUUACAUGUCUCUCGGGGACUGUGCAACAAACUAACUUCAUACUGAGUGAUUUCCAGUCAGUAUUGAAGUGAGUGCUGAACCCGGCCUGCUCCGAGAGCGAGCACAGUCUCGUGUGCUGCACAAUGAGCAGUGAGCCACCAAUCCCGCUGGCAUUACAGUUAUGAAACAUGUGCGUAUUGACGCAAGCCAGCCGACACCACAGUGUCAAAACAAAUUUGAAUCAAUCCGUGCAAAAGUAAAUAUUAUUUUAAUUAAAAUGGUCGAGUGCACGUGUGUUGUAGUAACUUUGGUUACCAUUGUUGCCACUUCGUAUUUAUCCGACGUUAAGUAAACUUCAAAGAAUGGCUCAGCUGGCAAAGGGCAACAACAGCAGGCUGCGGUCAAUUCCCGCGCAAUUCCGAUUCUUCUUCCUUUUCACGAUGGUGUUCGGUAGUAGUUUUAUUAUAUUUUCCCUCAUCAAUCGAACCGAAAUAUUUCUCAUCAACAACGAGCAGUUGAAGUCGUCUUUAGAUUUAAAUCAUUACGACAUUGAACAAGAAACAAGUUACACAAUCAAGACAGAAGGCUGUACAAUCCCCGGCCUAACAGCAUUAGAUGAUACCAUCAAACAAUUUAAUCGACCUCCAACAAAGUUGAAAAGUUGUCCCAAUGCUAACUAUUCUCUUAUUAAAAGCAAUGAAACACAUAUUUGGAUCAAUGUGGAAGUUUUAGAAUAUUACGAUGUACCCAGAGAAGCAAAUGUCUCUUGUUGCUACCAAUCAUUUUUCCGACCAAACUCAAUCAAUGAUGUUUACUCUAUACACGUGGACGACAGAGCCCUUUAUAGUGACUGUAAAAACUUUUCUAACAAUAUUCGAGUAAAACAUGAAUUUGUUAGAGUUACUUGCCACUAUCAUAGUAAAAGAAUAUACAAACAGUAUUUUCUAUUUGCACAAAAAAUACACGAGCACAAAAAGAAGCAGAAUACUUCUUCUAAUAAAACUCAAUCCGAAUACUAUAAUGUUAUUAUAAUGGGAAUGGACUCCAUAUCACGAUUAAAUUUGUAUAGAACCAUGCCAAAAACUUUAGCCUACCUUAAGGAUAAAGGUGCUAUAGAAUUACUAGGUUACAACAAAGUGGAUGACAAUACAUUUCCUAACUUAACACCGAUGCUACUUGGUAUCAAAGAAACUGAUUUAAAGAGAACUUGUUGGCCGAAUAGGAAUGCAAACUUUGAUAACUGUCCAUUUAUCUGGCAGUGGUUUAAAGAAGCUGGAUUCCAGACAGCUUUAGGAGAAGAUAGUGCAAAAUUAGGAACUUUUAAUUUUCUCAGACAUGGUUUCAUCAAAUCACCCACGGAUUACUACAUUAGAACUUUCAUUUAUGAGGCUGAAAAAAAUGUUGGAAACACCUUGGAUUUCAAUUCAUAUAUCUGCAUGGGCAACAAAUAUUUUUACAAAGUGUUGCUUGAUUAUAUACAAGACUUAACAGCUCUAUUAAAGAAUUCUAAAUUGUUUGGAUUUUUUUGGGAGGUGUCUAUGAGUCAUGAUUACUUAACUUACCCCAUGGCAAUGGAUGCGAGCUAUGAAAGCUUUUUGAAAAGACUUGAUAGUGAUAAUUAUUUAGAUAAAACUGUUCUAAUAUUACUAAGUGAUCAUGGAAUGAGGUGGGGUACCAUAAGAUUAACAAAACAAGGACGGUUAGAAGAACGUCUACCCUUUGUACACAUAUUGUUGCCUCCUUCGUUUAAAAAGAACUACAGUUUAGCUUAUAACAACUUAAAAACAAACAGCAAGCGAUUAACCACACCGUACGACAUAUACGCGACGCUGUCCGAUCUUAUAACACUAGACCCAAUAAAAGAUGAAAAUAUUAAACAACGAACUGAAUCAUUUUAUGCUAAUCAAAAGAGUGUUAGUCUGUUUUUACCGAUACCUGGAAAUCGAACCUGCUCGAUAGCUGGUAUCGAUGAUCAAUGGUGUACUUGUCACAAAAGUAUAAAAAUAUCAAAAGAAAGUUUCGACGCUCACGAUGUAGCCGAGGAACUAGUGAAAAAUUUAAACAAUUAUUUAGAAGAACAUGAGGAAUGUGCGAAGCUAACACUCUCCGAAGUGUUGGACGUGACAGAGAUGAUGGUAGGGGAGCCGAGGAAGAACGAAGUGGGGUGGCGCGAGUUCAUGGCAGUGGUGCGCACGACACCAGGGGGCGGCGUGUUCGAGGGCACGCUGCGCAAGCACAAGGACAAGUGGAGCCUCGCCGGCGCCAUCAGCCGGCUCAACCUGUACGGCAACCAGAGCCACUGCGUGCACCACUACCAGCUCAAGUUGUAUUGCUACUGUCGAUGAAUGCCAAACAUAUUUUUGUUCAUGAAAACUAAUAAUAUUGAAAACUGUGAUAUUACGAAAUGUUUUGUCUAGUAACAUAGUUAUAUGUCGAGAAAUACAUAUUUUAAUUAUGUAGAUACUUGAAAGGAUAUAGAUGCAUGUCCAUAUCCAGGCCUAAAUUGCAUUAUCAAUGUGUAUCUAUUGUAUAAGUUUAUUAAGGAACGUGAUUUGUUUGUACAUAGGCAUAAGUUGGUUGCAGUAUGUUUUGACUAGAUUACAACACUAUUUAAAUUGUUGUGUUUUUAAACUCCGUUUAAUGUUGAUACAUAUCUUUCUUUACAAUUACAUAUCACUCAAGAUAUCCUGAUGAUAACUUGCUCUUCCAAUGUAAGUUGGACAUAGGAUUACAAUAACUAAGUAUAGGUUAAAUAAGGCUUACUGUCCACAACGACGAACGCGUUGUGGACAGUAAACCUUAAUUAAUACAUAUUUAAGAUUGUUAAGUUUCAGACAGUAAUAUUAUUAAACCAAUCGAUUUGUCUCUUCAUCUGUUGGUACAGCACUACACCGAUUUGACCUAGUUUGAAGUUUUUAAGGUAUACCUAAUAGAUUUAGUUAUAUUUUUGUAUCUAAGAUAAAAUAUGAUUAUGUAUGUUACAAUUUUGAAAAGCUUUAUGGAUUACAAUUUUUUGAUUCAGUUGUAAAUGCCAUCGGAGUGAAAGGUUAUUUUUUGAUGAUUUAUUUAUAUUAGAUAUGUACUUCACUACAAUGUUAAUGCAAAUAAUGUUCUUAGCCCCCCAAGUCUUUCAUCUAAUUACUGACUUAUUGCAAUUUUCUAUGGUUUAUGUACAUUAUAUUGCCAUAUAAAUAUUUCUUUCACUCCGAAUAAGAUUAAUUUAAAAACAAACUCAUUGCAUCUUUUAAUAGAGAUCAAAAUUCUUUGGAUUGACCUAGGAUUUUAAAAUCUCAAAAAUCUCCCUCAAUCCAAAGAUUUUUAAUUGAUUUCGGUUAUUAUUCUUUGACUGCCAAUAGAAAACUGUUAAAGGCAAAUCCUCCGCUAACGUCGGUCACCGGUGACCACCACGGCGUUCAAAGUGUUAAUUUAAUAUCUACAAUGACUUAUAAAGUUAUAACAGAUUCAUCGAAGAUAUGGUUUAUUACGCACCCGCCUCAUUGAAUUAAGAGUUAUGUAUUAAGAAGUAUAUACGAUGUACUCGUAGACUUGAGAAUAAUCGCAUACCACAACGAUCAAAAAUGUUGUACAAUGUAUGUAAAGAUAUAGUUUGCCAUGUAUGUUUAAGAGAAUGGAUGUGAUACGAAUAUUUAUCAAAAAUAAAAGCUGUCUAUAAAUCUGUCGCGUUGUAGUAUAAUCGUAACCGGUAAUCAUUUUACUUUUCUCAGUAUGAUUCACUCCGAAACAUUCUUUUAAGUUUAUUACUAAAUACAAAUAAUUUUUGUCAUACCGUUAAAUCAUAUAAUAUCAUUGUAAUUGUACUACUGUUUCGAGUCUGACUAAAGUCUUUUUCUAAUUGGCAUAUUUUGAUGGAUUUUGUCGUCUAUUUGAAUUGUAAAGAUCUUAAAUACACAAAAGGUGUUACCAUAAUUGAACAGAAUUAUAUCGACGCAUUGAGUUAAACCAAUCAAUCGUGAACAUAGAGUAUUACUCUUACAUAACUCUUUCAACCUUAAAUUUUUUUCCCGCGCAUCUGCGAUUCGGCGCCAUAUUGAACACUGAAUUGUCAGACAUCUGGGGGCGUAUAACGAGUAAUACAGUUUUGUACGGAUGAUGACCACACCGUCUCGACUCUACAGGUUUAUCUCAAUGUAUCGACGCACUAUAUUAAGUAGUUACAUAAUGGACAAUAUGCAGAUUAUGCAGCAGUCUGGGAUUGCAAGUAGCUAUCAUAUCAUACUGUUAAAUAAAAUACAUAAAUCCAACAUAUUGUUGUAAAUACUAAGACAUAAGUAAUGAACAGAUUUUUAGAAACAUAUCUAAGUAAUUAGUUGAAGUACCUAAGUAUUUUUUUAUUAUGUUCAGAAACCAAAUGAGUAGACUAUUAUUAAAACGGUAUUCCUUUAAUAAAAGUUAUUUGUUGA